CUGGACUCUAAUAACAUCACACCCUGUUAUCAAACCCACUCCUCUCUCCCUCUGUCCCCAUUGCUGGUUACUGUGCCCGGAGUAAAUGUUCGACCCGUGAGCUGCACUGGUAGCCUGGAAGUUGCCUUUUUAGUUUUCAUUUUUAUUUAUAUUUUUCCAACCUUUUUCUCCUUGUGCUAAUUUGCUUCUUGCAGUCUACUGUGAGGAUGACAUCCAACUACUUAGGUUUUAUUAUUGGUCAAAAAGGUGGAAAUGCCAUCAAAUGAUUGAGAAUGAUGGAUGAAGAUUCUGGGCUCCAGUUCUAGGGGUUCCACUCAUGGUUUGUGUGAUUCAACAUGUUUCUUGACCUUUGUGGGAAUUACUUUUACAUCUGAGCAACAAAUGUGUCCGGGCUGUCUCAGUUUGGGUGUCCUGCGAUAGGGACUUUAAGCUGGAGAUCGUUGAACAGAGGUUUACUCUGGAAAGCUCGAGCUAUCCAGCCUGUGGAGGGAAGGCAGACUCAGGAUGGCACUCAGGGAGAAGCUGUGCUGGGAUUCAGGCUUUGCAGAAGGCAGCUCCGAAGCAGGUGAGGACUUUAUUCACUGAUGUUAACUGGUUAACUGUUAGAGGUACUUAACCAUGGGGGAACAAUCGAGCUUUGUCUCAAAAGGCUGUGAGUCUUCUGUCCGCCUCCCUCAAACAGCUUUGGAAGCACUGUUGGGUCCUGAGGUGGGGUCUGUUCACUGGACCACAGUGACUAUAGCACAUCUCUGUUCUCUAAGAUUCUUAAGGUUAAUUCAGCAUUGAAUUCGCCACAAAUCCUUCCAGUGCCCUUCAUGUCUUUGAACUCUAUUAUGUAAGCUGGGUGCUAACUGUGCAUCAUUACAUAGACUCCAGAAAGGACUGAGAUUUCUGUUUUAUGACUGGCCAGAGGUCUGGGCAGGUUAAGUGACCAGGUUACUCAUUCAAUAACUGAUCGAGAAAUCCUUCCGUGGGGCCCUGCAGCCUCACCGUGAGCCAGACUUUUUAACUAGAUAUUCGAACGACUUAAACGGCAGUAGGGGAAACCUCCUGAAAAUAUCUCCAGCAAAGUUGUAGGUGUUGUUUUGGUAGAAACAUUUCCUCUGUUGCCAUAAAAAUCUUCCCCCAAAUGGCUUUGUGAGAGCAAAGCUGUGCAGGCACUGCCGGUGUUUGUGGAGGGAGCCGUAUGGCUCAGCCACAACACAAAUGAUUUGUUUUGCUGGCCGUGUUGGCAAAGUGAUUUGAUUUCUAGAUUCCCCAGAGAGGGGAAAAAAGAUCUAAACACAUACAUUUCUUCCUAAUUAGAUGUUUAAAGAAGAGCCAAGAGGAAGAGUUGAAAACGGGAGCCCAGGUACAUUUUUCAUUCCGUGAACGCUACCAGGGUGAGCAUGUGUGCCCAAGGGUAGAAAUCCCUCAGCACCCCUCCCUCCUUCUGCCCUUAGCUCUCCAUUCUUCAUCAGGAAUGAAGAGGAAAAUCAGCUAUAGCGCCUCAAGCAAAGUGAUGUUUGAAUAGGUGCUCUUCCUUUGUUUGGGAGAAUAGAGAAAGCCGGCUCCUGCUAAGCUGUUGAGAUAAAAGCAACGCUUCUUUUUCUGUUGGAGACAUGAUUUUUCAGGUAAAGCUGCUGUAGAGAGGACUUGUUACAGAGGAUUUUUCUGCAGACUUGUCAGUUCACUCCGCUGCUUCUCACAGUUACCACAGGAGGCUGAGUGGAUCCCAGACCUCUCCCCGCGUCUUUGCUCUAGCUGGCACAAGAGUUACUAGACGGCAUGUAAAAGAAGCUUUUCGGGAAGACACAGUGUGCUUGAUCAGCAGCACUGUCCAGACAACUGCACGUAUAAAGGAAUUACUGCCGGCCUCUGAGAUGGAUGGCUUGGAAAAUGUAGCGUCAUGAAGCCAGGAUCCGUGCUCAUCCUCAGGACACACAUGUUAGAAGAAGAAAAGUGUCCCUUCUGGCCUCCACGUAAUCUCCUCUCCCCAGCAGCAUUCACAUGGCUUAGUAAAAAAGGAACUGUGCGCAGGUGUGACCAGGUAGACAUCCCUUGCUGUUUGUUGUUCCCAGCUGCCUGAAAACAGUGAAGAAGACAGUGCAGUGGACUGAUUCCUGUCCCGUGUGCUAAUCCUUGCAGGUCUUGAAUAUCAUCAUGGCCAAACCUUAUGAAUUUAACUGGCAGAAGGAAGUGCCAUCCUUCUUGCAGGAAGGGGCAGUUUUUGACAGAUACGAAGAGGAAUCUUUCGUGUUUGAGCCCAACUGCCUCUUCAAAGUGGACGAAUUUGGCUUCUUCCUGACCUGGAAGAGUGAAGGCAAGGAAGGACAAGUGCUAGAAUGUUCCCUCAUCAACAGUAUUCGGCUGGCAGCCAUACCAAAGGAUCCCAAAAUCCUGGCUGCUCUGGAAGCUGUUGGAAAAUCUGAAAAUGAUCUGGAAGGGCGGAUAUUGUGUGUCUGCAGUGGCACAGAUCUGGUGAACAUUGGCUUCACUUACAUGGUGGCCGAAAACCCAGAAGUAACUAAGCAAUGGGUAGAAGGCCUGAGAUCAAUCAUUCAUAACUUCAGAGCAAACAAUGUCAGUCCGAUGACAUGCCUCAAGAAACACUGGAUGAAACUGGCAUUUCUGACCAACACGACUGGUAAAAUUCCAGUGAGAAGUAUUACCAGAACCUUUGCAUCGGGGAAAACAGAAAAGGUGAUCUUUCAAGCCCUCAAGGAAUUAGGUCUGCCCAGUGGCAAGAAUGAUGAAAUUGAGCCUGCUGCAUUUACUUAUGAAAAGUUCUAUGAACUGACACAAAAGAUUUGUCCUCGGACAGAUAUAGAAGACCUCUUUAAGAAAAUCAAUGGAGACAAAACUGAUUAUUUAACGGUAGACCAAUUAGUGAGCUUUCUAAACGAACAUCAACGAGAUCCUCGGCUGAAUGAAAUUUUAUUCCCAUUUUAUGAUGCUAAAAGAGCAAUGCGGAUCAUUGAGAUGUAUGAGCCUGACGAAGAUUUGAAGAAAAAAGGCCUCAUAUCAAGUGACGGGUUUUGCAGGUAUCUGAUGUCCGAUGAAAAUGCCCCAGUCUUCCUAGAUCGCUUAGAACUCUACCAGGAGAUGGACCACCCCCUGGCUCACUACUUCAUCAGUUCUUCCCACAACACCUAUCUUACCGGCCGGCAGUUUGGCGGAAAGUCUUCAGUGGAAAUGUACCGACAAGUUCUCCUGGCUGGUUGCAGGUGUGUUGAACUUGACUGUUGGGAUGGAAAAGGUGAAGAUCAGGAGCCAAUAAUAACUCACGGAAAAGCAAUGUGUACAGACAUCCUUUUUAAGGAUGUAAUCCAAGCCAUCAAGGAAACAGCGUUUGUCACGUCAGAAUAUCCUGUAAUUCUCUCCUUUGAAAACCACUGCAGCAAAUAUCAACAGUACAAGAUGUCCAAGUAUUGUGAAGAUCUAUUUGGGGAUCUCCUGUUGAAACAAGCACUCGAAUCACAUCCACUUGAACCAGGCAGGCCUUUGCCAUCCCCUAAUGACCUCAAGAGAAAAAUACUCAUCAAAAAUAAAAGGCUGAAACCUGAAGUUGAAAAAAAACAGCUUGAAGCUUUGAAAAGCAUGAUGGAAGCUGGAGAGACAGCUGCCCCGGCUAGCAUCUUAGAAGAUGACAAUGAAGAGGAAAUAGAAAGUGCUGAUCAAGAAGAAGAAGCCCACCCUGAGUACAAAUUUGGAAGUGAACUGUCUGCUGAUGACUUCAGUCACAAGGAAGCAGUUGCAAACAGUGUCAAGAAGACCUCAGAUGACCUUGAACAUGAAAACAACAAAAAGGGCCUGGUCACUGUAGAAGAUGAGCAAGCAUGGAUGGCAUCUUAUAAAUACGUAGGUGCUACCACAAACAUUCAUCCGUACUUGUCCACAAUGAUCAACUACGCACAGCCUGUGAAGUUUCAAGGUUUCCAUGUGGCUGAAGAGCGCAAUGUUCAUUAUAACAUGUCUUCUUUUAACGAGUCAGUUGGCCUUGGCUACUUGAAGACACACGCGAUUGAAUUUGUAAAUUACAAUAAGCGACAAAUGAGCCGCAUUUACCCCAAGGGAGGCCGAGUUGAUUCCAGUAAUUACAUGCCUCAGAUUUUCUGGAACGCUGGUUGCCAGAUGGUUUCACUGAACUAUCAAACCCCAGAUUUAGCGAUGCAAUUGAAUCAGGGAAAAUUUGAGUAUAAUGGAUCCUGCGGGUAUCUCCUCAAGCCAGAUUUCAUGAGGCGGCCUGAUCGGACAUUUGAUCCCUUCUCUGAAACCCCUGUGGAUGGGGUUAUUGCAGCCACAUGCUCAGUGCAGGUUAUAUCAGGACAGUUCCUAUCAGAUAAGAAGAUCGGCACAUACGUGGAAGUAGAUAUGUACGGGCUGCCCACCGACACCAUACGGAAGGAGUUCCGGACUCGCAUGGUUAUGAACAAUGGACUCAACCCAGUUUACAAUGAAGAAUCCUUUGUGUUUCGGAAGGUGAUCCUGCCCGACCUGGCUGUCCUGAGAAUCGCAGUGUAUGAUGACAACAACAAGCUGAUUGGCCAGAGAAUCCUUCCUUUGGAUGGCCUCCAAGCGGGCUACCGACAUAUCUCCCUCAGAAAUGAGGGGAACAAACCAUUAUCACUGCCAACCAUUUUCUGCAAUAUUGUUCUUAAAACAUAUGUGCCUGAUGGAUUUGGAGAUAUUGUGGAUGCUUUAUCCGAUCCAAAGAAAUUUCUUUCAAUCACAGAAAAGAGAGCAGACCAAAUGAGAGCUAUGGGCAUUGAAACUAGUGACAUAGCAGAUGUGCCCAGUGACACUUCCAAAAAUGACAAGAAAGGCAAGGCCAACCCAGCCAAAACGAACGUGACCCCUCAGAGCAGCUCUGAGCUCAGACCGACCACCACAGCCGCCCUGGGCUCUGGCCAGGAAGCCAAGAAAGGUAUUGAACUUAUCCCUCAAGUGAGGAUAGAAGAUUUAAAGCAAAUGAAGGCUUACUUGAAGCAUUUAAAGAAACAACAGAAAGAGUUGAACUCUUUAAAGAAGAAACAUGCAAAGGAGCACAGUACCAUGCAGAAGCUACACUGCACACAAGUUGACAAAAUUGUGGCCCAGUACGACAAAGAGAAGUCGACUCAUGAGAAAAUCCUAGAGAAGGCGAUGAAGAAGAAGGGGGGGAGUAAUUGUCUUGAAAUGAAAAAAGAAACAGAAAUUAAAAUUCAGACCCUGACAUCAGAUCACAAAUCUAAGGUCAAAGAGAUUGUGGCCCAGCACACCAAGGAGUGGUCGGAAAUGAUCAACACCCAUAGUGCUGAGGAGCAAGAGAUCCGGGAUCUGCACUUGAACCAGCAGUGUGAGCUGCUGAGAAAGCUGCUCAUCAAUGCUCAUGAGCAGCAGACCCAGCAGCUGAAACUCUCCCAUGACAGGGAAAGCAAGGAGAUGCGAGCCCAUCAGGCUAAGAUUUCUAUGGAAAAUAGUAAAGCCAUCAGUCAAGAUAAAUCUAUCAAGAAUAAGGCAGAACGGGAAAGGCGAGUCAGGGAGUUGAACAGCAGCAACACUAAAAAGUUUCUAGAAGAAAGAAAGAGACUGGCAAUGAAACAGUCAAAAGAAAUGGAUCAAUUGAAAAAAGUUCAACUCGAGCACCUAGAAUUCCUAGAGAAACAGAAUGAGCAGCUUUUGAAAUCCUGUCAUGCAGUGUCCCAAACACAAGGCCAAGGAGAUGCAGCAGAUGGUGAAAUUGGAAGCCGAGAUGGACCGCAGACCAGCAACAGUAGUAUGAAACUCCAGAGUGCAAAUUGA